AUGGGCUGCAAAACCCUAGAGUUCACAGAUGAAAUUGACAUCUUGGGAACGAAGUUCGACUCUUCAAAGACCACAAAGAGCCAUGUGCUUAACCUAGCCCAAAAGGCAGCCAAGAAACGUACAGCUCUACGGCGCAUCUCACACCUUCUUGACAGCAGUGGCUGCAAAACCUUAUAUGAAGCUCAAGUUCGCUCUCAUCUAGACUGCUACUGUGAAUACUACGGCUACUGCUACUACUGUGAAUACUACGGCUACUGCUGCUACUGUGAAUACUACGGCUACUGCUACUACUGUGAAUACUACGGCUACUGCUGCUACUGUGAAUACUACGGCUACUGCUGCUACUGUGAAUACUACGGCUACUGCUGCUACUGUGAAUACUACGGCUACUGCUGCUACUGUGAAUACUACGGCUACAGCUACUACUGUGAAUACUACGGCUACUGCUGCUACUGUGAAUACUACGGCUACUGCUGCUACUGUGAAUACUACGGCUACUGCUGCUACUGUGAAUACUACGGCUACUGCUACUACUGUGAAUACUACGGCUACUGCUGCUACUGUGAAUACUACGGCUACUGCUGCUACUGUGAAUACUAUGGCUACAGCUACUACUGUGAAUACUACGGCUACUGCUGCUACUGUGGAUACUACGGCUACUGCUGCUACUGUGAAUACUACGGCUACUGCUGCUACUGUGAAUACUACGGCUACUGCUACUACUGUGAAUACCACGGCUACUGCUGCUACUGUGAAUACUACGGCUACUGCUUCUACUGUGAAUACUACGACUACUGCUUCUACUGUGAAUACUACGACUACUGCUACUACUUUGAAUACUACGGCUACUGCUGCUACUGUGAAUACUACGGCUACUGCUUCUACUGUGAAUACUACGGCUACUGCUUCUACUGUGAAUACUACGGCUACUGCUGCUACUGUGAAUACUACGGCUACUGCUACUACUGUGAAUACUACGGCUACUGCUGCUACUGUGAAUACUACGGCUACUGCUGCUACUGUGAAUACUACGGCUACAGCUACUACUGUGAAUACUACGGCUACUGCUGCUACUGUGAAUACUACGGCUACUGCUGCUACUGUGAAUACUACGGCUACUGCUGCUACUGUGAAUACUACGGCUACUGCUGCUACUGUGAAUACUACGGCUACUGCUACUACUGUGAAUACCACGGCUACUGCUGCUACUGUGAAUACUACGGCUACUGCUUCUACUGUGAAUACUACGACUACUGCUUCUACUGUGAAUACUACGACUACUGCUACUUCUUUGAAUACUACGGCUACUGCUGCUACUGUGAAUACUACGGCUACUGCUUCUACUGUGAAUACUACGGCUACUGCUUCUACUGUGAAUACUACGGCUACUGCUGCUACUGUGAAUACUACGGCUACUGCUACUACUGUGAAUACUACGGCUACUGCUGCUACUGUGAAUACUACGGCUACUGCUGCUACUGUGAAUACUACGGCUACUGCUGCUACUGUGAAUACUACGGCUACUGCUACUACUGUGAAUACCACGGCUACUGCUGCUACUGUGAAUACUACGGCUACUGCUUCUACUGUGAAUACUACGACUACUGCUUCUACUGUGAAUACUACGACUACUGCUACUACUUUGAAUACUACGGCUACUGCUGCUACUGUGAAUACUACGGCUACUGCUUCUACUGUGAAUACUACGACUACUGCUUCUACUGUGAAUACUGCGGCUACUGCUGCUACUGUGAAUACUACGACUACUGCUUCUACUGUGAAUACUACGGCUACUGCUGCUACUGUGUGUUUGUCUGUCUGUGUGUUUGA